AUGCUCGACAUUCUUCUUCGAUUUCGUGCACAUCGCAUUGGUUUUUCUUCCGACAUUGAGAAAGCCUUUCAUAAGGUGCAACUUCACGAAAAAGAUCGCGACUUCAUUCUCGUCCCGUUCGGUGCAAAUAGCAGUCCAUUCAUUUUGAAUUCAGUGAUCAAAAAGCAUCUAAAGCGUAGUUCGACUCCCAUCAGUGUUGAUAUCGAAUCCAAUAUCUACGUUGAUAAUCUGAUUUCGGGAAGUGAAACUCGAGAAGAAGCCUUGAAAUACUACGCUGAAUUCCUCUCCACUUUUCAAGCCGCAUCGCUAUCCUUACAAUCAUGGGCUUUCAGCGAUCCAUUUCUCAACGAACGUGCAAUCUCAGAAGGUGUGGCGGAUGUUUCAACUCUCACCAAAACUUUAGGUCUUUUGUGGAAUCGCUCGACAGACACUCUACAGCUACCUCUCUUCUUCUUAUCGCCGUUUUGUUCAACAGCACCUACCAAGCGUGAUGUCCUUCGCGGACUUUCGUCCAUCUACGACCCACUGGAAUUUAUUACACCUCUUUCUAUUCCUGCCCGCAUUCUCAUACAAGAAAUUUGGAAAGAACACUUAGAAUGGGACGAUCCUUUACCUCCUCCUUUCGCAGAUCGAUGGUUUGGUUUGUGCAGCUCUCUUUCUAACGCAAAGCCAAAAGUUCCCCGUUCCUAUUUCGGUGAUAAGUCUCGCGUGAAAUCUCUUCAUGUUUUUGUUGACGCUAGUCAGCAGGCAUAUGGUACUGUAGCCUACCUCCUUGAUGGCCAUAAUUCUUCAUUCGUCAUGUCAAAGCCUCGAGUCGCCCCGUUGAAGGGCAACGGCCCUCAAUUAACGCUUCCUCAGCUGGAACUAAUGGCAGCCGAUAUUGGAACUCGUAUCGCGGCCUCGGCAUCUCUCUAUCAGUCACUAUGUGGUCUGAUCGUCAAAUUGUCUUAUAUUGGCUUUCAAAAAACGACCGACAGAAGAACCUUUUCGUCGCUAAUCGUAUCUCAACGAUCAUCGAAUUCAUCCGUCUUCAUCAAGCCAGUUGGCAUUACUGCCCCACUGCUUCAAAUCCGGCAGAUCUGUGGACCACCCUGGUUGUCUUCCGAAAAAGAAUGGCCACAAUGGAGCGUCUGUAGCCUCAGUCAAGUCAAAAUUCUUCAUCUUGCAGAAAUUUCCACCAUCGCAGCUCCAGAUCGACUUCCCCUGCCAAUGGAUAUUUCUACUGUUAUCGACAUCGCUCGCUUUAACUGGACUUCGCUGAAGAGAACAACUGCAUAUGUUUUUCGGCAAUUAAGUAACUUUCGUCGACCAAAGAUUGAAUGGAAUCAAGAAUUUCUUUCCACAACGGAACUUCUCCAAGCAAAACUCAAAUGGAUCAUUUCUUUUCAAUUCCGCUUCUUAGCCAAAGAAUACGAGUAUCUACGCGGUGACAAAAAGGGACGUCGGCCAGCAUUAGUAUCUCAAUUGGAUCUUUAUUUGGAUACUGAUUCUCUGAUUCGUUGCCAAGGCCGUUUAAAUAACGCCGAUUUAUCCAGUGAGGCUUGA